CUGGUCUGUUCCGUCUCUUGACUUCAUCGAUCUUCUGAUCCGGUUAUCUCGUCCAUUGAUCUGUUGAUCUGUUGAUCUGCUUUUUUCCAUGACUUCCAUGUCUUCCACCCCCUCGUCGGAGUUCGAAACGCUUUUACCGAAACCCAUAAAUAAAACUCCCAUCAACCCGAACAACUUGACCAACUUGGAAGAAGCCGUCAACAAUGCCUACGAAGCCAUAGUAGACGACGACGAUGACUACGAGAACUCCACCAAUGAGGAUAUAGUAUGGCUCCGUGAACAAAGAACACACAACAAGACUCUUCACUGGUUUAAGCGUCCCAGUGUGAUGAUGAUCUCCUUAAUCCCGUUCAUAUUCGCCUUUGGUAAUUCCUCUGCCGAGUCCACCAGACAAGUCAUCACCCUAAAACUCUGUUGCAACUACUUGAGCAAUGGUUCGGGCUCCUGCAAUCCAGCGGAGGCUCAGAUCUUGAUGUCCAACUUGCAAUUGGGGUACAGCAUCUCAUCAGGCAUCAUUAGUUUAAUAGCCCUGGGCAAAAUGGGUCCUUACUCAGAUAGGUACGGUAGAAAGUUGUUCAUCGUGCUAAUUCUCUUCUGCUUAGUCUUGGGAAGAUCUUCUCGUUUCCUAAUUAUGUACAACUUCGACUCCUUGAAGUUCGCCCUAAUGAUCCUCACAGAAAUCACAGCUAACAUCUGUGGUGGUAUCUUGACUUUGGUCACCCUAGCCAACUGCUAUAUCUCCGAUGUCGUAGAGCCUCACCAGAGAAUCUAUUCACUCGGCAUUAGUGUAGCCAGUAUGAUGGUCGGCUUGAGCGUGGGCCCUAUUGUAGGAAACUUCAUCUUGUCGUUUACAACUAAUGUGUCUCAGAAUAUCAUCGAUAUCAAUACCUCUAUCUCUCGCGAAGAAUUCAACCCUUUGAAAUUCGAGUUGGUUAUAUUCAUUUCAGGGUUGUUGUUUGCUGUUUUUGUCUUACCUGAGUCCAGAUCUGAACGUGCUAGAAGAAAAUCUCGCUCCAUGUCUCAGUCUCUGUUGGUUUUGCUCGAAACUGAACAGCCACAAUCAAAAUGGUCCUCUUUUGCAAGUGGUGCCAAUUUCAUGAAACCUCUUCGCCUUUUCCUUUUGCCCAGUGAUGUAGUCAACAGAGGAAAUCCCCAGAGACAAAAGAGGGAUCGUUUUGCCGUCUUGGUUAUGGUCAUUGUCGAUUGUAUCAUGUCAUCGCUUGCUAUUUCCUUGGGAGAAUUGUAUAUUUUAUAUGGAAUCUACUCCUUUGGUUGGAAUCAAAGGGACAUCGGCCAUUUGUUGGCUAUCACUUGCUCAUCGAGAGCAUUUGUUCUUCUCAUAUUGUCUCCUAUUAUUAAUCAUCGUAUCCUUCAGAAAUUCUUCGGUUUUAGGGUGUUGAAGAAACAAUUGGAUAUGAUCGACUACUCCAUGGCCCUGUUGGGAUUGUUUGUUGAUGCCAUUUUGUUGAUGCUGCUUCAUCUCAUGAGAACCACCCCGACCUUCUUCCUCAUCAUGGCAUGCAACAGUCUUGGUUCUCUUAUUAGUCCGACAUUGAAUUCAGCAAUUGUUAAGUUCUAUCCAGAGUCCAAGAUUGGGGAGUUGUUUGGUGCCAUCGCUCUAUUGAAGAACAUAUUUACUCUUUUGGGACCUGUGCUCUUCAUUUCAAUUUACAAAUACACCUUAUCUACUUGGAACAGGCCUGACGUCGUGUUUACUUUGGCAGGUGCUAUCUUGGCUGUAUGUUUCAUCUCGUUCUACAUAGUCAAGCGAGUGAUCAACUUGGAUGCAGACAGCGAAUCUGAUUUCCUUAGCAGAAGCAAUUCAGUUGUAUCAUUCUCAGAUCAGUUGAGAAGGUCCUCUUCAAAAUCGGCUGCACCAAAAACUACAUUGCCACCUAAACCAUACACAGAAUUGCAUCGGAAAAGUAGUUUUGUUCACAAGGAGAGAAACCUUAUAUCGUGA